AAGGUGGUCAAAUUCUUCGAUGUGAUAUUGUCAUUGAUUCGUUACAUUCUAUUGAAAUAGUCACAACAACACGAGUUUUAUUCCUUGAAGAUGCUCCUGAAGUUUUUGAAGUUAUGGCUAAAAAUGACCAAGGGGAUACAUUUUCGAGUUUGGGAGGCGUUGCUUUUCAGUGGUCAUUGGAAAGUGAUUCUUCUGCCAGUGAUGCGUAUGGUGUCUUACGAUUUUUGAAGUUUGCUGAUUCUGUUUAUAAGACACCACCUUCAGUUGAGUAUUGGGAAAAACAAAAUUUGCAUGGUUCUAUGAUUCUCAUGGAAGGGUCUAAAACUGGUUCAGCAAAGGUGACAGUAAAGCCUCUUAAUCCAGCUUAUAAGAACGUUGCACCAUAUGAUGUCAGUCUGGUUGUAGUGGCAAAUCUAAAUCUAAAGCCAUCUCAUAUUUAUUUAUUGCCUGGUACAAAGGUUAAGUACCAUUUAGAAUUAAUCAAGCAAGGCAAAGCUUUUCCUAUAACCCUGCCAUCUGACCAAUAUUAUUUAGAAGUGGGAGACAAGACAAUUGCAGAUCUAGAAAAUACAUCCUCAGUAGUUACAGCAUUGAAAUAUGGUACUACAAAUAUUGUUGUCAAAGAUAAGUAUAUCACUGGUCGUGAGCUUACUUAUUUGCCAUCAGGUUCAAUUCAUGUUACGGUUCCAUCUUAUUUGACUCUUUCUGUGUCACCUGGGGAUAAAUGGAUGUUACAAGAAAAAAGAACCUAUUUGGUAUUUGUUAAUGUUUAUGAUAGGAAUAGUCAACCAAUUCAUAUUACUCAGCCAUUGACCAUCAGGUCACUAUCGAUCAGAGAAGGCAGUUUGAAUCAUCACUCUUCAAUGCACUAACCAAGCUCCUGGGUACAGCUCGACACUGCACAUCUCCAUACCAGCAGAAAUUUUGUACGGAACUCCAAUUCGCCUCCCAGGAGAAUUCCUGUGCCCUACUCCUGAAACCCCAGACCCAGUGACUUUUGUUGCAAAGCUUCACGAAUCUAUGCAACGCCUCCUACCUUCUACAAAUCAGCCUCACGGUGAGCAAGCGGUAUUCGUCAGCAAAGACUUAACCACAUGCCGUCAUGUUUUUCUUCAAACGGAUGUAGU